UCUGGAAAGUUCGUGCAGGCGGCGAACGCCUUCCGUUACUCCGUGGCCGGCAAGAAUCCGCGUCCAUCCGUCCUUCCCGAGGCCGCGCAGACCCAGCCAAGUUUACCAUGCCCGAGAACGUGGCACCCCGCAGCGGAGCGCCCGCCGGGGCUGCCGGCGGCCGGGGGGAAAGCGCCUACCAGGACCGCGACAAGCCGGCCCAGAUCCGCUUCAGCAACAUUUCCGCGGCCAAAGCGGUUGCUGAUGCUAUUAGAACAAGCCUUGGACCAAAAGGAAUGGAUAAAAUGAUUCAAGAUGGAAAAGGUGAUGUGACCAUUACAAAUGAUGGUGCCACCAUACUGAAGCAAAUGCAAGUGUUACAUCCAGCAGCCAGAAUGCUGGUGGAGCUGUCUAAAGCUCAAGAUAUAGAAGCAGGAGAUGGCACAACAUCAGUAGUCAUCAUUGCUGGCUCUCUCUUGGAUUCCUGUACCAAGCUUCUUCAGAAAGGGAUUCAUCCAACCAUCAUUUCUGAGUCAUUCCAGGCAGCUUUGGAAAAGGGUAUUGAAAUAUUGACUGAUAUGUCUCGACCAGUGGAACUGAGUGACAGAGAAACUUUGUUAAAUAGUGCAACCACUUCACUGAACUCAAAGGUUGUGUCUCAAUAUUCAAGUCUGCUUUCUCCCAUGAGUGUAAAUGCAGUGAUGAAAGUGAUUGACCCAGCCACAGCUACUAGUGUAGAUCUUAGAGAUAUUAAAAUAGUUAAGAAGCUUGGUGGGACAAUUGAUGACUGUGAGUUGGUGGAAGGUCUGGUUCUCACCCAAAAAGUGGCAAAUUCUGGCAUAACCAGAGUUGAAAAGGCUAAGAUUGGGCUUAUUCAGUUUUGCUUGUCUGCUCCCAAAACAGAUAUGGAUAAUCAGAUCGUAGUUUCUGACUAUGCCCAGAUGGACCGAGUGCUGCGAGAAGAGAGAGCCUAUAUUCUAAAUUUAGUGAAGCAAAUUAAAAAAACGGGAUGUAAUGUCCUUCUCAUACAGAAGUCUAUUUUAAGGUCUGGGUUACUUAGUCUGCUCUUCAGUUUCCUUGGUUUUAAAAACAGGGAUAAUAGUUCCUUCAUAGGCCUCUUGUGAGGAUUAAAUGCAUUAGUAAAUAAAAAGAUUUUUAUUUUAGAUUUUUUUGCAUUGGGACUGGCUGGUUAGCUCAGUUGGUUAGAAUGCAGUGUUACAACAUCAAGGUCAAGGGUUCAAAUCCUUGUACAGGCCAGCAGCAAAAAAAAAAACCUCUUAAGUCAAUGUUUGGUAAACACUAUGUAAGUAUUAACCAUUGUUCCUGUUGUGAGUGCUCCAGAAAUAGAGUUGGCCCUACGAUUAACUGAAUAUUCACGAACAUUGAGUGGUAUGGAAUCCUACUGUGUUCGUGCAUUUGCAGAUGCUAUGGAGGUCAUUCCAUCUACACUAGCUGAAAAUGCUGGCCUGAAUCCCAUUUCUACAGUAACAGAACUAAGAAACCGGCAUGCGCAGGGAGAAAAAACUACGGGCAUUAACGUCCGAAAGGGUGGUAUUUCCAACAUUUUGGAGGAACUGGUUGUUCAGCCUCUAUUGGUUUCAGUCAGUGCUCUGACUCUAGCAACUGAAACCGUCCGGAGCAUUCUGAAGAUUGAUGAUGUGGUAAACACUCGAUAAUCUGUAUAAAAGUGGCUGACUGGCACCAUUAUGCCCAUCUAUGCUGUGGCUAGAGUGGAAGAAGAUCACGUUUGUGUUCCUUGUUGUUUGUAAGGUUAUUUCCUGUAAGAAUUCCUGGGCUUGGUUUUCCAGUGGCAUUUGCCUGUAAUUGUAUUGAAACAAUUUAAUGAAAAUAUUAAAUAUUUGGUUUCAAAAA